AUGGGGAAAUCAAAAUAUAAGCCAACAAUAGCGGUUGCAAGUUGCUCUCCCAUUGAUUCCAGAUCACGAGAUAGUCCAUCUCCAAGAUCUACAAACAUUGAUGACAAUAAUUCCAAUAUAAAACACAGACAAAGUAAUCAACAUGAUACAAUCGGCAAGAUCCCAAAUAUUGAAAGUGCAAAUACUAGUGCAAAUAACAGUAAUGCUGCCUUAUCUGAUUCAUUUGUAAAUCCUGGUGCAUACAUUGAUCAUAGAAAACAAAACGACUUAGCCCAAAUUCAUUCAUCUCCUGCAAGAUAUAGACGAAGAGCCACUCAGAAUUAUUCUGGAAAAUCACCCAAAGCAGCUAGUGCUGAUAGCAAUCCAAAAUUAUCUAGAAGAUUUACAGAGCAACCACCACGUUCAAAUUUACCAUUAACAAACAAAAAUUUAGAAAACCUAAUUACAAAUUCUCCUUUAAGAAAAGAAUAUUCUCAAAAUGAUUCACCAAUAUCGCCUACAGCAAUUGCAAUUGACAUGGACAAAUAUGCAAGAGAACAAAGAGAAUUGACUCAUCCAAAUACUUGGGCAAAUCCAUUUCCCGCCAUGCAAAAUAUUGACGAAAAUCGAGAAGCACGUUAUUAUGAUAGCAGCAAUAAUGACGACCAAUAUGAUGAAAAUAAUGACGAUGCAUAUUCAGAUAAUUCUUUGGAAUUUGGGAAAUCAAACCCUUCUUCUGAACAUUCUAGUGAUUCCACUUCAUUAGAUGAUGUUUGUUUUCCAAAUUAUUAUGAUGAAAUUCGUGGUCCUGGUGAUCAUGAAAAGACAAGUUAUCAAUGGCCAGACUUGAAUGUUUUAGAAGAAUUUAUUAAAGAAGAAAUCGAAGAAGCAGAAGCCGAAGGCGAACUUAAAGGACUCAAUCAAUCAGUCAACUUUCAACGGGAUGUCAUUCGUCAUGAUAGUGAAGAUAUGGGCAAAGCUCGGGAUGACGUAACUGAAACAAGUCCUUUAAUUGAUAAUGUCCAAACAAACGAAGUAGAAUCAUUAAGUCUGUUGAAUCAUUCAGUUAGAGUAAGACCCACACCUAUUCAACCAUGGGAGAUGAAAAAAGAGAAAUUACCAAGAAUCUUGAAAAAAUCUCUGCAAAUGAACAUACAUCCUAAAUUUAAUCUGAAAACAGGCAGAGUUGACGGAGAGUUAUGUCGAUAUACUUAUUUCAGGAGUGAUUUGGAUAAAACAGUACAUUCUCCUUCUAUAAGUGGAUUGAUCUUAUCUAAGUUAGACAUUUCAUCCGAAAUGGAGGAUGAAGAGGACGAAGAGGAAGAUGAUGACGAAAAAACGAUUUAUGAGAAACUUCAAGACCUUUUCCAACCCAUUCAUUAUUCAGGAAAACUUUCUAGUAUGCCAUCUUCAGUUAAUAUCCCCCAACAAGAAUUUAUCGGCCCAACAAAUAUCCCCUUAACUCCCAUACCAGUUAGUUCAUCAAAUCUUAAUAUUUAUGCCGGGGAUCAAAAGCUUCUGUCCAAGGGUACUCAAACUCCAAGACCAGGAACUGCCAUGGGUUCCAGUAAUGAUAUUUCCGGUAUGACUGCAUCUACACCCAAGGCGGAACCGUUUUGGUUAGAUGUAUUGGACCCUACCGAGGAAGAAAUGAAAGUCCUUUCUAAAACAUUUGGGAUUCAUCCUUUGACUACCGAAGAUAUCUUUUUAGGAGAAGCAAGAGAAAAAGUGGAAUUAUUCAAAUCAUAUUAUUUCAUAUGUUUUACAUCAUUUGAUGUGGUUUAUGAAAGAAGAAAACAAAGAGCAAAGGAACAAGAAAAGAAAUUGACUAAAUUACAAGAAAUGUAUGAGAAUGCAGUUGAUGAUGAUAGUAUCUAUGGAACCACGGAAAGAAGAUCACGUAUAUGGAGUUAUAUAAAGUCAAAGUUUACUGGAAAUAAAUUGGAAAAGAGAGCCACCACACAUUCAUUUAUCGAGAAACCUGGCAGUUCAUCUCAUAAAUCACGUCAUAAGAAAGUUAGAGAAGGUGAAUUAGCACCAUUGAAUAUGUAUAUGAUUGUAUUCAAAGAUGCGGUUAUUACAUUUCAUUUCUCCGUUACUCCUCAUCCUAUUAAUGUUAGAAGAAGAGCAAGAAUGUUGAAAGAAUACUUGACUGUAAGUGCUGAUUGGAUGUGUUAUGCAUUGAUUGAUGACAUUACCGAUUCUUUUGCCCCCAUGAUUGAUACUAUUGAAGCAGAGGUUAAUUCUAUUGAAGAUGCCAUUUUGAAAAUGCAUUCGGGUGAUUCUGAUUCUGAUGAUGAUUCCGAUUCAGAUGAUGAUUCUAAUGCUUCAUCCCUUCGUAGUCCAAAAUUAUCUUCAUAUAAACGUCAACAAUUACAAAACCGGGGCAGAACUAAUAAUAAUAAACUGACAGUCGAGAAUGUAUUUGUUUGGAGAAAAAGAUCUAAAUCUACAGUUGAUAAUCAUAUUGGGAAUGUCGUGAAGAGGUCUUCACGUGGAGCAUUAUCUGCCGGUUCAUCCAAAUCAAGUUCUAGUUCAAAAUCCACAUCUUCCCGAAUUUUAGGAUGGAAACGUAAAGGGGAUAUGUUAAGAAGAAUCGGUGAAUGUCGUAAACGAGUAAUGUCAGUAUUACGAUUAUUAGGUUCAAAAGCAGAUGUUAUAAAAGGAUUAAGUAAAAGACUUAAUGAUACCGAAGUUUCAAGUACUAUGAAUAAACAAGAAAUUGGUAUGUAUUUAAGUGAUAUUCAAGAUCAUAUUGUAACAAUGGUACAAGCAUUAAAUCAUUAUGAAAAAUUAUUAGCAAGAUUCCAUUCAAAUUAUUUGGCUCAGAUCAAUAUUGAUAUGACAAAAGUCAAUAAUGAUACUAAUGAUGUUUUGGGAAAGAUUACAAUUUUGGGUACAAUUGUCUUACCAAUCAAUGUUGUCACAGGGUUAUGGGGAAUGAAUUGUAUAGUACCUGGACAAGAUUAUGAUGGAUUGGCUUGGUUCUGGUCUAUUAUUGCAUUUAUGAUCUGUUUUAGUAUAUUUGCCUACAAUUAUGCUAGAAAGGUUACUGGUUUAUAG